AUGUUUCCUUCAAGAAAGCUUCUUCUCUUCUUCUUCACAUGGAUAGCUAUUUCCAUGGCGAAACCAAUCUUCGUAUCUGCCGAUAACGUGAACUUCACCUUCAAAUCCUUCACGAUUCGAAACCUCACGUUCCUCGGCGAUUCCCAUCUCCGGAACGGCGUCAUCGGACUCACACGCGAGCUCGGCGUCCCAGAUACGAGCUCCGGCACCGUAAUCUACAACACGCCGAUCCGUUUCUACGAUCCCGAUUCGAACACCACAACGUCUUUCUCCACUCACUUCUCCUUCUCCGUUCAAAACGUAAACCCAGUUUCCUCCGGCGACGGCCUCUCUUUCUUCCUCUCUCACGACAAAGAUACCUUGGGAAGCCCCGGCGGAUUCUUGGGUCUCGUCAAUUCCUCGCAGACUAUGAAGAACCGGUUCGUCGCGAUCGAAUUUGACACCAAAUUGGAUCCUCAUUUCAACGAUCCGAGCGGUAACCACGUCGGGUUAGAUGUCGAUAGUUUGAACUCGAUCGCGACUUCGGAUCCAUUCGUUUCGUCUCAAAUCGAUCUGAAAUCUGGGAAAUCGAUCACUGCUUGGAUCGAUUACAAGAACGAUUUGCGUUUACUGAACGUGUUCUUGAGUUACACAGAUGCGAUAGCCGCGACGAGGAAGCCAGAGAAGCCUCUUUUAACUGUGAACAUCGAUCUUUCUCCUUUCUUGAACGGUGAGAUGUAUGUAGGAUUCUCCGGUUCAACAGAAGGAAGCACGGAGAUUCACUUGAUCGAGAACUGGAGCUUCAAGACGUCUGGGUUUCUUCCGGUGAGAUCAAGAUCAAAUCGUCCUCACAACGUUUCAGGUAGCUCCGUUGAUCCUGUGGCUAUACCUCGUUCCACGAGCAAGAAGACGCGUCACAGACACAAUCUCGCUAUUGGACUUGGUAUCUCUUGCCCAAUCUUCUUCUGCUUAGCUCUCUUGGUGUUUGGAUACUUGACUUUGAAGAAGUGGAAAGGUGUGAAGGCAGAGAAGGAGCUCAAGACGGAGCUAAUCACAGGUCUAAGACAUUUUAGCUACAGAGAGCUUUACACUGCUACGAAAGGGUUUCACUCGAGUAGAGUCAUCGGAAGAGGAGCGUUUGGGAACGUGUACAGAGCCAUGUUUGUUUCAUCUGGAACGAUCUCUGCUGUGAAAAGGUCCAGGCACAACUCAACCGAAGGCAAAACAGAGUUUUUGGCAGAGCUAUCGAUCAUUGCUUGCUUGCGACACAAGAAUCUUGUUCAGCUGCAGGGUUGGUGCAACGAGAAGGGAGAGCUGCUUCUCGUCUAUGAGUUUAUGCCUAAUGGGAGUCUUGACAAGAUUCUGUAUCAGGAGUCAGAAACAGGAGCUGUGUCUCUCGACUGGUCACAUAGGCUGAACAUUGCGAUCGACAUUGUUUCAGAAGAUGAAGAAGGAGACAGCAUCGUGUACGUUGUAUCUUAG